GACAAGUUGUGAUGUUGUGAAUGUGAAUGAAUAACAAAAAACAAAACUAACAAAAGCUUAAUUUGCAAUUUACUUACCGUAAUCUUUUCUGUACGACCUAGAGUACAACAGAAAUAUAUUUUUUGCAUUAAGUGGCGAAUUAAUAUUUCAUUAAUUGGUAUUGUUUGCUCAUUAGAACACCAAGGAGAGGUGAAAGAUUAUUUCUGAUUUUUAUCAGCAACAGUGUAGUUUUUUAGAAAAGGUUUGAUACUAUACUGAACAUGGAUAGUAGUUACUCCUCUUAUCAAAAUGGGCAGGCCAAAGAACCAGAUUUUCAAAAACUGGCUCAGACCAUUGGUACUAGUAUCCAAAAAAUCUCACAGAAUGUGUCAUCAAUGCAAAGGAUGGUGAACCAAAUUGGUACACAUCAAGAUUCCCCCGAAUUGAGAAAACAACUUCAUUCUAUUCAGCAUUAUACUCAGCAACUUGUGAAAGAUACAAAUGGUUGUAUCAAAGAACUUGGCACAAUACCACCAUCUUUAUCUCAAUCUGAGCAGAGACAGAGGAAAAUGCAGAGAGAACGUCUUCAAGAUGAAUUCACAAGUACAUUGAAUAUGUUCCAGCAAGUCCAGAGGAGUACUGCUCACAAGGAAAAGGAGCAAGUCAAUAAGGCCAAGGCUCAUGCUUAUGGAGAACCACAUCUUAGUGGGUACAAAACCAAAGAUGAACAAUUGAUUGAGUUGCAAGAUAGUCAGGGUAGGCAGCAAGCACAGAUACAAGAAGAAGCAGAUUUGAGAGAAUUGGAAGAACAAGAGCAGGGUAUCAGACAAUUGGAGAGUGAUAUCAAUGAUGUAAAUCAAAUAUUCAAAGAACUAGGUGCUCUGGUCCAUGAACAGGGUGAAACCAUUGACAGUAUUGAGGCUAAUGUUGAGAGUACCAGUGAUUUUGUAGGUAGAGGGGCCCAUCAGCUACGUGAAGCUAGUGUCUACAAGAACAAAGUGAGGAGGAAGAAGUUGAUUUUUGCCAUCAUAGGUGCUGUUAUUUUGAUUAUAAUCAUUCUUAUCAUUGUGUGGCAAUGUAGUAAGUAAAAUGGAUAUUUUGUUCUAUACAAUGUGGAGCCUAUAAGAGUAUCUACAUUUUUAUUAUUAUUGCUUCUGAAAACUUACCUAGCCUUCUCAGAGAGAGCAGUACAUUGAGUUUGAAAUUUCAGAAUCUGAUGAAUUACUGAACACAUAUUUUAUAUUUACUCAGAAACAGUCCUACUAGAGUUCAUUGAAUUAUCAAUCAGAGCAUUCAAAAUGUUUAUUUGGAAACUGUAUUUUCCAGUUUCCACUCAAGUUUGGGUUUGGGCUAGGGUAAAAUUAAUCCAAUGACCCAUAUUCAACAAAUUCAGAGAUUUGGAUUCAUAGAAUCAUAUUGUAGAACUUGCAAACACUGUUGAAUCUGUAUCACUCUCCCCUGUAAGAUUGGAAGGCUCUAUUAUCUCUGCCUUAAGCAAUAAGCCAAAAAAAUAUAAUAUCAUGUAGUUUAUUUUUGAUCAUCUCCUGAAUCCUGAAGUGCUGAAAUUCAAAGCACCAUCAUUUAUGAGAAGGGAGAAUAUAUAUUUUUAGUCCUAUAUUUCACAUUCCUAGUUUGAUAUAUACAAAUAUUAUAGACUUGAUUUGUUUGGCAAAAAAUCACUCAUAUAUUGUCAUCACUUGGUCUUUGUUCCAUUGUUUUUUUGCGAGGUUUUUUGGUACCAUUAAAAUCAGCCAGUAUUUAUGUAUUUCAUAGUUGAUAUUAUUAUAUUUUGUGCUGAACAAACAGUCUAAAUUCAACUGGCCAUGAUCUGAAGAUAAAAUACAAAUUUUAUUUACAAUUUCCAUUAAAUAGUUGGAUUUGCUUGUAUACUGAGUGAUUGAUCAUUCACAUCAAGUACAACUUUAAGAAAAAAAUUAUAAUUUCUCGGAUUUGUUCACAUUAGUGAGUUUUGGUGUUUUUUAAAUUCAAAAACUGUUAUAGCCUAUUUCAAAAUAAUUUAUAAUAUGCAAAUUUGUUGAAAUUUUAAUGUUUUGGAAUAUAAUCCCUGAUAC